AUGAAAUCAUUGCUCUCGCGGAAGUUGAUUGGCUUUGCUUUGAUGCUUUCCAUGGGCUCGGUCAAGACCCAGGACAGCUUCCUCACACUCAUAGCGGGAACAUAUACAUGUGAUCAUGGUUACACUAUAGCCACGGUGGAUGGCUUGACUGGAUGUCGCGUGGGUAAUCCACAGGCUUCAACUGGGGAAGACUAUUACGGCUGUAGACCUGAUUCCUGUACAACGGAGAAUUCGAAGGCUGAUAAGAGUCAAUCUUCCUUCGCAAACCAUUUUUUUAUGGUAGAUUGUGCACUGAUUCUCCCCGACGGAUCAUUGGAUCCUACUGGUCAGCGCAUUGGGAGUGCUGCAGAACCAUUGUUUCCAUACGACACCAGAUUGAUGCCACCAAAGGAACAGGGCAAGCCAAGCGAUACAUGGCUACUUAAACAAAUCAUCUUGACCGCAGGCCAACCUGGUCAGAUAUCAACACGAAAAAUGGAAUAUGUGUGUCCUGUCCUGGGCGACAAUGCCAAAAAUGGGAUCGUCACGUGUACCAUGUGUGGUUUUCGCGGGGUCUCUAGUUUUAAUUGA